CGAGAGUUACGCGGAUACCUGAGUUACGACACGAUUGAAACUUCCGACCCUCUCCCACCCCCCAACACACAAUUUCCUCUUUCUUUCUUCAGGCGCGCAACGUAAAGCAUAUAUAGUCGUGGACUCGUUUUCUAUAGAGAGGAGAAAUAGGGUUGAAGAGACGAUACAGGCGAGAGAGGUUACGGAAAGGGAUAUCUCAGGGGAGAGAGAAUGGCUCCAACAGUGGCUUCCUCUGCGGUGGCAAAACAAGCGGAACUACGGAAGCAAGAGGGCAACAAUUGUUUUAAGAAAGGUCGAUUUGGUGCGGCCAUCGAUGCUUAUACUGAGGCUAUUGCUUUGUGCCCUAACGUUCCAAUAUAUUGGACGAAUCGUGCUUUAUGCCAUCGCAAUCGGAAUGAUUGGAAAAAAGUGGAGGAAGAUUGUCGCACUGCUGUACAGCUUGAUCACAACUCAGUCAAGGUUGGUAGACUGUCGCAAAUUUCAGUGUUUCUUGAUUUUCUUGGAAUUUGUGGAUUAAUCAGUAUCACAACUGAAAUUGGAGGGCCUCUUCAAGGUUGUUCUUGA